AUGUCCAAAAACGCCGUUAAAUCCGUUGUCAAUGCUAUUCAAAAGUACUAUCCAACUAGGUUGGCAGAUAAAACCUGGGACAAUACUGGAUUGUUAGUCGAUUCAAGUUCCGAAGAAACAGGUACUGACGAUAUUCGUGUCUUGUUGACCAUUGACUUGACCCACGCAGUUGCAGACGAGGCAAUCAAAUCUAAAUCGAAUAUAAUUAUGGCCUAUCAUCCAUUUAUUUUCAAAGGCCUCAAGUCAAUAACUCCUCAGGACCCUCAGCAGAAGUCUUUGAUUAAACUUAUACAAAACAAUAUCAGUGUUUACUGCCCACAUACUGCUGUUGAUAGUGCUAAAGGUGGUGUGAACGAUUUCUUAGCUGAUGGAAUUUCCAAAGGUUUGAACGAGAAAUCUAGAGAAACUAUCGAACCUGACCAAAACGAGGAAGACUGUGGUAUGGGUAGAUUGGUCACGUUAGCCAAUCCUGUGUCUUUAGCAGACUUAGUGAAAAACGCUAAAGCUAGUUUAAACUUGCCUUACGUUCAAGUCGCUCCUGCUAGAGGACAAGACAAAGACCACCAAAUAAGUAAAAUUGCUAUAUGUGCUGGAUCCGGUGGAUCUGUAUUCAGAGGUGUGGAGGCUGAUUUAUUCUACACGGGUGAAUUAUCCCACCAUGAAGCGUUAUAUUUCACUGAAACUGGAUCAUCCAUCAUUGCAUGCAACCACUCCAAUACUGAAAGAGCAUUCUUGUCUGUAAUGAAGAAACAAUUAGAAGAGGAAUUGUCAAAUGCUGAAGUUAUUAUCAGUAAGACUGACAAGGACCCAUACGAAACUUGGUAG